AUGGAAGACUAUCAGGCUGCGGAGGAGACCGCUUUCGUUGUUGAUGAAGUGAGCAACAUUGUAAAAGAGGGCAUAGAGAGGGCCAUAGGCGGGAAUGCUUACCAGCACAGCGAGGUGAACCAGUGGACCACCAACGUGGUGGAGCAGACCCUCAGUCAGCUCACCAAGCUGGGAAAGCCUUUUGAGUACGUUGUGAUCUGUGUGAUUAUGCAGAAGAACGGGGCUGGACUGCACACGGCAAGUUCCUGCUUCUGGGACAGCUCCGCUGACGGGAGCUGCACGCGGUGGGAGAACAAGACCAUGUACUGCAUCGUCAGUGCCUUGGGACUGUCCGUCUGA